AUGUUCUGUAGGACACCCACAGCGUUUUUGAAUUUCCACUCUUCAAAAGCUCACCGCGUCCUUUACGCUUUUUUUCGGGUACGUUUUCCAUGUAUUGAAUCCUUUACGAUUUCCAUCAUAUUUUUUUACUACCACUCUGCCUACUUUUAAAAUCGGUUUGUCGUUUCGUAGUUACAGUUUUUAACAUCCAGUGUGUUCUAAAAAAAAAAAAUCAAAAACCCUAUAGAGCACACCAACUCAAACCUACAAGGACCCGUCCACCCGCAAUACGGUAUUUUUAAAAAGGUUUUUCGGUUAUAAAAUGGAAAUUUUCGUAUUUUUUUGAGAAGUGACUUAUUUUGUUUCCUCAAGAGAUAAGUUCCACUGCGUCGUCUCCGCUUGCCAUACUAGACCAUUUUUUUGACCAUUUUUUUCUAUUUAGUAAAAAGGAACACGGGUUUUUUUCGACAUAAAUGUUCUGGAAAAACACAAUAUUUUACUUACUAAAGACGGAUUUCUUAAAUUAAGCCAUCUUUCAAAAACUUGCUGGUGUUUGCAGAAGUUUAAUUCUUGAAAAUAAUUUUGCAUCUUCGAAUGUCCUGGUCAUGUUUUUAUGCAAAUUUUUCUUUCAAAAUGAAUGGUAUCGCCAAGAAAACGCGAUCGGUGUAUGCACAAUUUAAACCUAGGGUAUGAUAACCCGGACAGGCUCAACAGGUGUGAGAGACCACUUGAAAUUAAAAAAAUUGAAAAUCUCUAUAGGAACCACUUAAAUUUUUCCACUUUAGGUAGCGCUAUUUUGUCCCCUAAAAGGUUUCUUCUAAAUUCUCUAGGACCCACUCUGGCGUUCCAAAGAUUUUCUUCACAUGCGCACUUUCUUGCAUGAUUGUUUUGUUUUGUUUGUUUGUCGAAAAGAAUAUAAUUCAAAUUUUUUUCGGUUUGGUUGCGUGUUGUGGUGUUUCCCAAAGUGUUUUUCAUAUCAUUGCUUUCAGUAUAUUUUAAAGUUUCGGCAAAAUGGCUUUUUUUUGGAUAAGCCUGAAGUAUCGAAAUAGCACUUCUCUGAAAAACCACUGCGUUUUGAUUUUUUUUUUUUUGAUGUUUUGAACUGUGUGGAACGUUUUUUUAUCUGUUAAUUUCAACAAAGGUCAAUCGAGGUAAUCAUACAGUCAAUCAAUAAAUAGUGUACGCGGUGAGAUAGCAACCGGUGUUCUAUUCGGCAGCAUACUUCUAAAGCUUCAUUGGGAGAGUGUCAGAGUGCGCACCAAUAGUUUUGAAAUAUCCGAAAGUUACACUCUGUAGGAUAUAUUGAUUGACCAUUAGUAAACGCCGCUGGAAUUUGAGAGUGUACUUUUAAAGCUUAUUUUGUGGAUACGCAGAUUGACUAGAGAUUGGUCACUUCUUUUUGCUAAAUCUUCUGUGAUUGUAGUCCGGAACGAUGGCACUUUCAACGCCGGUACCACCAGCUUCACUUCUGGAGGAAAUGGUCGUUCCGAGCCGGCAGCUCUUCGGCCCAGGGCCUUCCAAUAUGGCUGACACUAUUGCAGAUGCACAGCAUAGAAACCUUCUUGGUCACCUUCAUCCGGAAUUCAUCAAGGUAUUUAUCAGAUGGAAAUCAUCAUACUGAUCUUUUCUCCAUUCUUAUAAUCGUCUUUUCAACACGACCAGUUUGAAGUUAUCGAAAUUUCAAUAGUUUUUUUUUCUGCUCUUGUUUCAAAUAUUCUCUAACAAUAGGAGUCACUUCCAGUUGAUUUUUAGAAGAUCGCUACCAACUUGCUCAGAAACUUUCUAAAGAUGAGAAUCAUACUCCCAAACUAAAUUCAUAUCUGAGAUUUUUGAACUAACUUAUGAUUAUAGAACGUCCUAAAGUGAAAUAAUCUUGCUUAUAAAUCAAACUGGUUGACGUGUUAAUACAAGGAAAUUCUAGACACAGACGCUGUGGAUGAAGUAUAUUUGUGAUUGAAAAAUAAUCAUCGGAUAUAUCUAUUAUUAUCAUCUUUUCAUAAUUAGAUGAACAUUAACAAUGCCGCUCAUUUCAGAUUAUGGCAGAUACAAGGCUUGGGCUUCAAUAUGUCUUCAAAACGAAAAACAGUUAUACUUUUGCAGUAAGCGGAACAGGUUUUUCGGUGUUAAUGAUGAUCAGAAUAAAAAUGUGACCACUUUUAGGACAUUCGGGUAUGGAAUGUGCAUUGGUCAAUCUCUUGGAGCGCGGUGAUCGCUUUUUGGUUGUUGAAAUUGGUCUUUGGGGUAAACGGGCUGCCGAUCUAGCUAUUAGGUUUUUUGUACUUCAUAUUCCAUGUUUCAACUUUUGAAAAAGGUAUGAUAGUUUUGUGAAAAACGAUCCAAAAAGCGACUAAAAAAAGAUAAAGUAUUAAAUAGAAAAAUUUUUUUAAUAAUUUUAGAAUGGGAAUCGACGUGAACAUUGUUGCUGCACCGCAUGGCGAGGUUGUCGAGCUACCAGCUAUCAAAAAAAGUUUGGAUGAAACAAUAAAAAAACUUUAAAAAAAUCUUAAAUAUUUCUCUUUUUUUGCUCAACAGGAAGUUUUAAGAAUUUUAUUAUAAAAAUACUUCAAAAAAAGGUUUUUGGUUUUCUAACUUUUUCUAUAUUCUGUUGUGCGUUAAUUGAGCUGAAAAAGUCAAUAGGGACUCGAAAAAAAAAAAAAAACCCGCUUAAACGUUUUUUUUUCUGUUAAAAAACACUAAUUUGAGGCGAUCGAAGAGUAUAAGCCGCAAGUGGUUUUCGUAUGCCAUGGAGAAAGCUCUACUGGCGUUGUUCAACCACUCGAUGGCAUCGGAGAAAUUUGUCACCAGACCGGAGCCCUUCUUCUCGUCGAUACUGCAAGUUUUUCUAAAUCUUUGUUUCUUAACAAAAACUGUUUUAUUUGAUAGCUCUCGCUCGGGUAAUUUGCGGGAACAAGAUUUUUUAGAUCUGUGCUCUUUUUUUUUAUUCAGAGAGCAAUUUUAACAAAGUUGAUACUUUAAAGCGAUUAAAACAUGUUGGCCAUAUUGAAGGUGGCUUCUCUAGGAGGUGCGAGAUUUGACGCGGAUGCGUUGGGUGUUGAUUGCGUGUAUUCCGCAACUCAAAAGGUUUCUUACUGAUCGAAUUGGAAUAUGCUUUUUAUUUUAAUUCAGGUUCUGAAUGCUCCUCCCGGAUUGGCGCCGAUUUCAUUCAGUGAUCGCGCUAUGUAAGGUUUUUUUUUUGAAUUUAAGCCGCGUUCAAGUUUUCGAGCGAGAAAAAAAAAAUAGAAACUCGCAAUUUAGCGGCCGCAACGCGCGUGCUUCGCUGCUGUUUUCUCCUCAUGAAAAUUAACCACGAGCUGAGCUUUAACGGGCUCUCAGCGGGUGUCGCCGUAUUAAACCCGAAGGAGCACAACUGGUAGAACAUUGAGCAUUUUGACCACAUCUGAGGCACCAUUUGAGCCCAGUUGGGUCCGUUGAGACAUCUAGUCAGCAACAGAGAAUGAUCAAAAAAAAGCACGCGAGGUCGAAAAAAGCGUUUAAAAAUUUUCUGUUCGGAAUUCACUUUGAACGAAAUUUAGAGAGAAAAUUCGGAAUCGUAAAACUCGUGUAGCCUCUUUCUACUUUGACGCACUCGAGCUUGGAAAUUACUGGGGAUGUGAUGCCGAAAUCAAACGGUUGGUUUUUAUUUAAUUGUGCAAAAUAACUUGAUCAUUAUCUGAUGAGAUGAAAAUUCAAACAGAAAAAAACAUCAUUAUCGAGGUGAAAUAACUUCAAUAAUACCCAAAAGUAAUAUAACUGAAUACUCAACAGAUACCAUCACACGGCUCCCAUUUCAACGGUCUACGCGUUGAGAACCGCUCUAGCUAUAGUUGCAAAAGAAGGAAUCGAUGCGUCUAUCGAUCGCCAUUACCAGAAUGCACAAUUAAUCUACAAAUUGUUGGAAGCGAAUUCAUUGGAACCCUUCGUCGAGAAAGAGGUUUUUAUAUUUAUUUUUCGCGCUUUUUUGAUAGUUACUUUACGAACAUUUUUUGAAUUCGAACGAAUCUAUCUUCUAAGCAAUAUCCGUAUUAAUCAUUUUCUUGUUAAGGAAUGGCGACUACCCUGUCUUACAACGGUCAAAGUGCCAGCUGGCGUUGACUGGAAAGAAGUGGCGGACGAUUUGAUGGCCGAAGGCGUUGAGGUGAGCCUUUUCACGUUUCUUCUCAAUUCGGUACUACGACAGGAUCGAGUUUUCUUUCCCGGACAAAACUAUAUUAAAAUCCGCACUCUGAGUUGUGCAAUUUGUGUGUUUGCACUCGUGUCGCGUACGUAGUGGUUCAUCUUCGUUUUUUUUCCAAUUCCUUCUCUGUUUUUUUUUUAUAAAUUUGAAUUGACGGUUUUUGUAACGUAUUGCAACAAAAGUGGCAUGCUGGAAAAAUUCGGUCGGUUCGGUCGCUCUUUUUUUCUGAAUUAGCCAUUUUUUUAAUUUCGUUGUUUUUCUAAAAAUGUUUAUGUUUGCGUAUAAUUCUGGAUUUAUGGUUAAGUUUCAAGUUUCGAAAAAAACCAAAUAUUGGAAAAAAAUAGCAUUUUUUUCAUGUUUUUUUUUCAAUAAUAUCUAUUUCAACCUUUCAACUUGAUCUAAAAAUUAAAAAUAUGUUAAGUGCGAAUUAGUUUUCUUCAAGAUUUUGAGCGACCGAACCGACAUACUUUUUCCACCAUCCCACAAAAGUGCAAACAAACAUGAUGAAAAACUCAAAAUGCGGACUCACAUUAGUUUUCGGAUAUGAAUUUUUGCCAUUACAUCAUCGAUUCAUUCUAUUUUAUUUUCAAUCGUUAGUUACAAAAAGGUCAAUCGAGGUAAUCAAACAGUCAAUAAAUAAAUAGUGUACGCUAUUAGAUAGUUAUCGGCGAACUAUCCGGCAUUCACUUUUAAGUUUUAGCCCUUGCAUUCCCAGUAAGCACCGGGACACUAUCCGAGUGCACACAUUUUGUAUUGAAAUACCAGUAAUUUGAACUCCGUGUACUAUUGAUAAUUACCAUAUCUUGAUUUAAUUGGUGCUACGACAAGAGCGAGUUUUCCAUUUGCGAGCAGUACUGUAUGCGGCAAAGCGCAUUGCGUGCAUGCACUCUGCGUGUUUACACUUUUUGUGGCGUGACGUCAUCGCGCCGUACAUCUGCAGGUUUUUCGGAUUUUUUGAAUUUUUCCGGCUUAUUUAUUUUUUUCGAAACAAAAAAAGAAAAACUUUUUUUAUUGAUGAAAACUCUGUUUGUCAAGGGGGCAGCUUAGGAAUAUGUUUCUUUAUAGAUAGCUAUUAGGUCAACUCCACAAAUAUAGAAAAAAAAAGAAGUAAGCUAAUAUUGAUAUUUCAAAGAGGAAAAUAUCAAACAAUUGCAUCAUAACAAAUACCAGUAAUUGAAAUAAGUUAUAUCAAAAAAUAAGAAAAUAAGAAAAUAACAAUUUUUACAGAACCAUCAUAUCAAAAAAAAGUCAUUUUCCCAGAAAAUCUUCAAGAUUUUUCAAAUGUACAUUGAGAGAUUUCAAGGGACUUCACAUCUGUUCAGCCCGUCCGGUUUGGCACACUGUACGUUUAAUCUGUGCAUACACCAAUUUUUGGGCGAUAUAUUCGUUAUUAACGCGCUUUUUGUACGAAAAAAUAAACAAAUUUGAAGAAAAACACACAUAAAACAUUCAAAGAUACAAAUUUAGUUUUAAUAAUCAAGUUUUUGCGAACGCUGGCAAGCCUUGAAAAAUGGCCUAAUUUGGGAAAUGCGUCUUUAGUAAGUGAGAAGUCUUUUUUUCUGUAAUUUGUUAUCUAUUAAUGUCAGAAAUUGCCUUCUUAAUUGUAUUCAAUACAAAAAAUGAUCAAAAAUGGUCUAGUAUGGCCAGCGAAGACGGCGCAGUGCAAACCGGACGGGUCCCUGUAGGUCUGAACUGGUGUGACUUGUCAGAAAUUUUACGAAAAUUGGUUUCUUGUAUAGUCGAUGUGCCACGACUUGAAAUUUCAUGGAACGACACUCCGUUGGGUGGCCGUGGCCGUGAAAGCGCCUUGCCUUUGCGAAUUUCGGUCGCGCUUUCCAUUUUUUUGUUUUAUUCGAAAUUUUCAUUAUUUUAAUUAUGUUUUAAUAGUUUUCUUCGCGCCAAAAUCAUAAUUAUCUUUUCUAGAGGAUAGACUGUUUCAUUGAUAAAAAAAUAAAGUAGAGUAAUUUUUCGAAUUUUAAGCGAAAAAAAUGCGUUUAUAAUAUUUGAAAGUUUUUUUCAUGAGAUGGUCUUUGGUUUUUGUUCAAUAUAUUCCGUUAUUUUUACCUUCAUUGAGCCUUUAUCGACAUUUCUUUUUUUCAUUCCAAAUCAUGUAAAAAAAUAUCCCAAUCAGAAAUAAAAUACACAGUGAAUGAUUUUUUUAAAAAAAUUGAAUGUUUCUACAUUGACGAAUUUUUUUAUUUAAAAAAACAGAUACAUAAGUUCAAAGGAAAAAAAUUAUUAGUUUUUCUGGACAUUUCGUUCAGCACAUCGUUUCCACUAUUCCAUGUGCCCACUGUUUACGCCCCAUUCCUGACGCAUAGUUCAGCAAUACGAUUUAUCUAAAGCUCCAUUUAAAAAAAAAAAGGAACGAAAACCUUUCUUCAAAUUAUGGUGCAUGAGCUCAUGGAAGUACACAUCUUCAUUUUAUAAGGCGCUCACUUUCUGAAAAAAACAAUUAACGGCUGCAAACAGAGGUGAAAAACAUUAAAACAUGGCUUUAAAAACACAGAAACUAUUGUAGAAUAUUGUGGCGUUUCACCCGCAAAUCCUUUUUGGUAAGUCUCUGAAAAACUUUUUUUGAGAAACGAGAAAAAAACAAUAUCAAAGCGAUUGAAGAAUACAUGAAGUUUUUUUUCAAACUUUUUUUAAAUCGCUCUUUUCGAGAAAUGAUCAUGAAAUUUACUGUGUUCUUUCUUUUUACAUUUGUACAACGCAAUCCUUUUUCAACGAUAAUAUUACAUUUUAAAAGAAAUAAAACAAUAAAAAACGAUCGAAAUUAGAAUGAAAAACCAAAAAAAUUAGCGUGGCCGAAGUUGGCAAAUUCGCGAGAUGCGCGCUACCGCACAAAAUCGAAACAGCGGAGUGUCGUUCCAUGAAAUUUCAACUUGUGGCACAUCGACUAUACAAUGCCGAGUGCAUGCACGCAAUGCGCUUUGCCGCAUACAGUACUGCUCGCAAAUGGAAAACUCGCUCUUGUCGUAGCACCAUUUAAUUUGAGAGUGAACUUUUUUAGAUUAUUUUGUAGAUACGUCGACCAGUGUAAGUGAAAAAGAGAAGUUUUAAGAUUUUAUUUUCUCCAGAUUGCUGGAGGACUUGGCCCUACAGUCGGCAAAAUUUGGCGUAUUGGUACCUUUGGCCUCAAUUCGGAUAAGACCAAGAUCGAACAGGUUAUUUCACUGCUUGCCCGAGCAGUCAAGAAACGUUGUAACCUUUGA